GCCAAAUCCCUUAUGUCCCCUAUAAAGGUUCCCCUAACCUUUAAUCUAUUUCACAAAACUUUUGCUAGUCAAAUUGAGGAAGAGAGAAAUGGCAAAACUUAGUGUUGUACUAAUAGCAUUGCUAUUCUCCCUAGUGGCAAACAUCACAUUCGCUCAAAGCUUCAAGGAAGAGAAAUGGGCAACAAGGGUUAAGUUCCAAAGGAAAAAGGAGACAGUGACCAACAUCCAAUUCUACUUCCAUGACACACUCAGUGGGAAGAACCCAAGUGCAGUUAGGGUGGCUGAAGCUACUAAAACUGAGAAAUCUCCAACACUAUUUGGUGUUAUCAUGAUGGCAGAUGAUCCAUUGACUGAGACACCUGAUCCAAAUUCAAAGCUCUUGGGCCGGGCUCAAGGACUAUAUGGGUCUGCAGGACAGCAAGAGAUGGGACUGAUCAUGGCCAUGAACUUUGGGUUCAUAGAUGGCAUCUACAAUGGUAGCUCUAUUAGCCUUCUUGGCAAGAACUCGGCUAUGCAUCCGGUUCGAGAGAUGCCAAUCGUCGGUGGAACUGGGCUUUUCCGGCUAGCGCGUGGCUAUGCCAUUGCUCAGACACAUUGGAUUGAUCUCACCACCGGCGAUGCUAUAGUUGGCUACAAUGUUACAGUGGUUCACUAAGGCUAGAUUUUAUUCAGUCUUGUUAAUUGGCCCUUUCUUAUUUUGUCUUCCUGUCAUGAUCCCUUAUAUGUGCUAUGUCUUAUGGUUUAAUUUUAUUUGUUUGAUGUGAGUUGGUAAACUAAUUUUAGGUCACAAUAUUAUUUAAGCAACUCCCUAAAACUAUAUUGAUAUGAAUUGGUUUAAUUUUAUGUU